UGCGCUCUCCGCGCCUGCGCAGGUGGCGUCAUCAGCCCGCGCCGCCGGGCGGAAGUGGCGCCUUUGUCUCGCGCUGCCCGUCCCAGUCUCCGGUAGCGGCGGCGAGUUGUUUUUUUUUGGACUCAAAUGGGUGAUGAAAAGGAUUCUUGGAAAGUGAAAACUUUAGAUGAAAUUCUUCAGGAAAAAAAACGAAGGAAGGAGCAAGAGGAGAAGGCAGAGAUAAAGCGUAUGAAAAAUUCAGAUGAUAGGGACUCAAAGCGGGAUUCUCUUGAAGAGGGGGAGCUGAGAGACCAUCGCAUGGAAAUAACCAUCAGAAAUUCACCUUACAGGAGGGAAGACUCCAUGGAAGACAGAGGAGAAGAAGAUGAUUCCUUGGCUAUAAAACCACCACAACAGAUGUCACGGAAAGAAAAAACCCAUCAUAGAAAAGAUGAGAAGAGGAAAGAGAAACGUAGACAUCGUAGUCAUUCAGCAGAAGGGAAACAUGCCAGAGUGAAAGAGAAAGAACGGGAACACGAGCGUAGGAAGAGACAUAGAGAAGAGCAGGAUAAAGCCCGUCGUGAGUGGGAAAGACAGAAACGGAGAGAAAUGGCAAGGGAGCAUUCCAGGAGGGAGAGAGAUCGUCUGGAGCAACUUGAGCGAGAACGAGAGAGGAAAAUCCGAGAGCAGCAAAAAGAACAAAGGGAGCAAAAAGAGCGAGAAAGGCGAGCUGAGGAAAGGCGUAAGGAACGGGAAGCCAGAAGAGAAGUUUCUGCACACCAUAGAACAGUGAGGGAAGAAUAUGGAGACAAAGUAAAAAUGAGACCCUGGAGUCGCAGCCCAUUACGACAGCAAAGAGACAAGCUUGAGCAAGGAGAGAGCAGGAAACCAGUAAAAGAAGAGAAACCAGAAGAGAGAGAUCCUCUUUCUGACUUGCAAGACAUCAGUGACAGUGAGAGAAAAACCAGCUCGGCAGAGUCUUCAUCAGAAUCUGGAUCAGGCUCAGAAGAAGAGGAGGAAGAGUCUAGCAGUGAAGGCUCUGAGGAAGAGGGAGAGGAAGAGGAGGAGGAGGAGGAGACAGGAAGCAAUUCUGAGGAAGUGUCUGAGCAAUCAGCUGAGGAGGUGAGCGAGGAAGAAAUGAGUGAAGAGGAGGAACGGGAGAAUGGAAACCACAUCCCAGUUGUUACAGAGUCGAGGUUUGACCGAGAUUCAGCAGGAAGUGAAGUAGAAGAGGAGGAGGUAGGGGAGGGUACCCCUCACUCCAAUGCCAUGACAGAAGGGGACUACAUUCCUGACUCGCCAGCUUCCUCCCCCAUUGAACUCAAACAAGAGCUUCCCAAGUAUCUUCCUGCGCUUCAGGGAUGUCGUAGCAAGGAGGAAUUUCAGUGUUUGAACAGGAUUGAAGAAGGAACAUACGGUGUGGUGUACAGAGCAAAAGACAAGAAGACCGAUGAAAUCGUGGCUCUGAAGCGACUGAAAAUGGAAAAGGAAAAGGAAGGCUUUCCCAUUACUUCCCUGAGAGAAAUAAAUACUAUUCUGAAAGCACAGCAUCUAAAUAUUGUCACUGUCAGAGAAAUCGUUGUAGGCAGCAACAUGGAUAAAAUCUAUAUUGUGAUGAACUACGUCGAACACGAUCUCAAGAGUCUGAUGGAAACAAUGAAGCAACCGUUCCUGCCAGGUGAAGUGAAAACCUUGAUGAUUCAGUUACUGCGAGGAGUCAAACACCUUCACGACAACUGGAUACUUCACCGAGACCUGAAAACUUCCAACCUGUUGCUCAGUCAUUCGGGCAUUUUAAAAGUUGGAGAUUUUGGGCUCGCCAGGGAAUACGGGUCUCCGCUGAAGCCCUACACCCCCGUGGUGGUGACGCUUUGGUACAGGGCUCCAGAGCUGUUGCUGGGAGCCAAGGAAUAUUCAACGGCCAUAGACAUGUGGUCGGUGGGGUGUAUAUUUGGGGAGCUGUUAACACAGAAACCGCUGUUUCCAGGGAAGUCAGAAAUCGACCAGAUUAACAAAGUUUUUAAGGAUCUGGGUACUCCGAGUGAAAAAAUCUGGCCUGGUUACAAUGAGCUGCCAGCGGUGAAGAAGAUGACGUUCACCGAAUAUCCCUACAACAAUCUGCGGAAGAGAUUUGGGGCCCUCCUCUCAGAUCAGGGGUUUGACCUGAUGAACAACUUUUUGACCUACUACCCAGCCAGAAGAAUUACUGCUGAAGAUGGUUUGAAGCACGAGUAUUUCCGAGAGACCCCCCUUCCUAUUGACCCCUCCAUGUUUCCCACUUGGCCGGCCAAGAGCGAGCAGCAGCGAGUGAAACGUGGCACCAGCCCCCGGCCCCCCGAGGGAGGCCUUGGCUACAGUCAGCUGGGUGAUGAUGAUCUGAAAGACACAGGUUUUCAUCUGACCACCACAAAUCAAGGAGCAUCUGCUGCAGGACCUGGUUUCAGCCUCAAGUUUUAAACUCAACAUGAAAUAGGGGAAAAAAAAACCCCAACAACAACAAAAGAGAACCAUUCACGUGAGUGGAUUUCUGAGUCCCCAGUUCUGUUCUUCACGUCAGGGGGACUAGAUGUUUUUCACAGGGGAAAGUCAAACUUCAGCCCAGAUUCAAAGGCUCUUGCUGGUUGUGAGUAGAACUGCUGCAUUCCAUUAAAGGACUGGAAUUAACCCGAAAAGCCAAGGAUCGUUACAAAAUUUGACAAAGAAAAAAACUUGAAGUACAGUCCUGGAACAGUUUCUGGUUUAUUUUUAGUUUUUCUUUUUUUUCGUUGGGUUUGUUUUGUUUUGUUUUGUUUUUUUUCCUUGUAAAUUUGUAGAAUUAAAAUACAUUUUUAAUUGUUGAACAGUGUGAAGGAUUUCAUUUCUUCACAGGCACCAAACUUGGAUGUUGGUGGCAUUAAAUCUUCUAGAGUGGGAAGUUAUUUCCCCCACUGCCCCCAAAUCUAUGUUGACUAUUCCAGCGUAUCAUCAGCCUGGGGAAACAACUAUUUUGAGUAAAUUCUAUGUGUCUGAAUAUAGUUAGGGCAAAAAAACCAUACCAGUUCUGAGGUUCCUUUGUUGUUGUGUGCCUUGGAGAGGGAUGGGCUCAAUACUUACUAUUUUGGGGUGCACUACUGGGCUGAACACCGUUUGAUGUGUUGUAUAUGUGUAUUUACAAUGGCACUGGUGCAAAAGAAGUAUUCUAUUGUUUUAUAAAACAAAAAGACUUAAUAUGGAGACUUGAUGCUUUAUUUUAUAUAGAAAGUUCUUUGAAAUAUGCCCUUUUUCCAUAAAAAA